AUGAUAUCCUCUAAAAAACUUAAGUUCAGCUUGAAUUUAGAUAUUAAUGAACUCUCGAAUAUACCGCAAAUAAACGGUUCAUGCUUUCUUGAGCUUCACAUACGAAAUCACAAGAAACAUGGGGGUGGUCUUGGUAGCCUAAAGUCAUCGAAGUCAAUUCUUUCAGAUGCAGAGAAGAAAUAUGAAAGUAAAGGUUCGAAUAUGGCAUCUCUGGUGGAUGGAAAUAAUAAAGCGUCGUUUUCCAGUUCUUCCGGUCAAGUGACAGUGACUUCGUCAAAGAAAAGAAUACACAAUUUUAGAUGUCCUUUUAAUCUUAAAGUUUCAUGUAACUUAAAAAUACCACUUAAGAAGAAAGAGAGUAUGGUUGCAAACAAAUACCUAUUGAUUUCCAUAUAUUAUGUUGAAGACACAUCAAAAGAUGGAGGAUCUCAUCAUCAUCUCCAUCAGCACACAUCUUUGUUAGGAAAAGUCUCUAUAAACUUGUCCGAGUAUCUUAAUUUUGAUAAGCCUGUUUCCUCAAAGUACUUACUAAGAGAAUCCAAAGUUAACUCAAUUUUGAACCUAACAAUUGGUUUAACAGAACUACCUGAAAACUAUGAGUUCCAUACUCAAUUACAAGUCAGCGACUCUUCAAAGAAGUCACCUUCGAGGGCAGGCUCUGGUAAGCAAAAUAGAAUAAAUUCACGUCAAUCUAACUUUAAUGCUCCUCAGUUUGAACGCAAAAAAGUUUUUGGAGGUAUACAAGAUGUCAUUGAAAACUCGGCUACAAUAGGGAGGCUGUCAUCAUUACUGUCGAGGAAUUCUAGUGAUGAUUCAGUAUCUCUGCCUUCAAGCAAAAGAAAAAAUGGCAAUGAGAGUCUGAGCAGUAAGGUAAGUGAGUUGGGUUCAAAAUCCCAAAUAUUUCUGGACGACGUUUCUCUGGGAUUGGUGCAACCUAUUGUUAGUGAUUUGUACAACAAGAUUCUAGAAAGUAAGUGGGAUCCUGAUAUUUGUAAACUACUAGAAUACUCACCCGAAAAGUGCGUAGAGGAUAUUUUCGAUAAUGCUGAUAACAAGAGCUUUGUUCCAGAUAUUUACAAUCAACGUAAAUAUGCCAAAGAAGAAAACAAAGACGGAUUACAUGAACUUAAUGGUUUGAUAAAUGAGCUAGAUUACAGAGAUGAUUUACAAAGUUGGACCAUUGGGGAUGUCACUUAA